UCUGAGGAAUCUCCAUUGAGACUGACAACGCGUGUAGUCAUUUUAAUUUUGAAAACACAAAUCAAAAGAAUGAAACUUCACAGCUUACUGCUGUUGUGUGUGUUUGGACUGCUGUUAGUAGGACUGUCUCACUGUGACACAUCUAAUGAUGAUGAUGUAGAUCUUGCCACGGAAGAUGAUGACCAUGAUGAGGCCACUGACGAACCAAAAGAAAAGGCACAAUAUAUAAAGCCAGAACCAAAAGGAAAUACUUUCUUCUUUGAGCCAUUUCACACGAAAAAAGAUGCUCACAAAAAAUGGGUUCAGUCACAGGCCAAGAAAGAUGGAGUGGAUGAAACACUUGCUAAAUAUGAUGGCAACUGGGAGUUCGAAGAACCAAUAGAUAGUGCUCUGAUGGGUGAUAUUGCACUUGUUCUGAAGUCUAAAGCCAAACAUCAUGCCAUUUCUGCCAAACUAGAUAAAGUUUAUGAUUUCAAAGGAAAGCCAUUUAUUGUUCAAUAUGAAGUUCGCUUUGCAAAUGGUCAAGAUUGUGGGGGUGCUUAUAUUAAGCUGCUGUCAAAGCAGUCAAAGUCACUUGAUCUGAAACAACUCCACGACAAGACACCCUACACUGUUAUGUUUGGACCAGACAAAUGUGGUAUGGACCAUAAGUUACACUUCAUCUUUAGACACAAGAACCCCAAGACUGGAGUGUUUGAGGAAAAACAUGCCAAGAAACACACUGCAAAUAUUGAUAGCUACUUCACUGAUAAGAAGACGCAUCUUUAUACCCUGAUUGUGAAUCCAGAUAACACUUUUGAAGUACUAGUUGACAAUACUGUCGUCAAUUCAGGAAGCUUGCUGUCAGAUGUCAACCCUCCAGUUAAUCCACCAAAAGAAAUUGAAGAUCCAAAUGAUAAAAAACCAUCAGACUGGGAUGACAAAGAAAAGAUUCCCGACCCUGAUGCUACAAAGCCUGAUGACUGGGAUGAAUCGGAACCCGAAAUGAUUUUAGAUAUUGAUGCUGUAAAGCCUGAAGGGUGGCUGGAUGACGAACCACAACUAGUGCCAGACCCAGCCGCAGAAAAACCUGCUGACUGGGACGAGGAUAUGGAUGGCGAAUGGGAAGCUCCCCUUGUCGAAAAUGAAAAGUGCAAGGGAGCUGCAGGAUGUGGGGAGUGGAAGCCACCAACUAUCAAGAACCCCAAAUACAAGGGGAAAUGGUCGGCUCCCUAUGUUGAUAAUCCCAAUUAUAAGGGCGUCUGGAAAGCCAAAAUCAUCCCUAAUCCCAACUAUUUUGAGGAUAUGGAACCAUACAAGAUGACACCAAUUGACGCCUUGGGUCUGGAGCUGUGGUCAAUGAGUGACAACAUUAUUUUUGAUAAUUUUAUCAUCACUGACGAUCGGGCUGUAGCAGAGCAGUGGGCUAGAGAUAGUUGGGGCAUGAAGAGUGUCGAGGAGCGUGCCUCUUUAACUGCAGGGGGCAUAUGGUACACCCUGAUAGAGGCAGCCGACAAGUGGAAAAUUCUCUGGGCGGUCUAUGUUGUUGUUCUACUCCUUCCAAUAGUGUUGCUGGCUAUAUGUUUGUGUCCGAAAAGUGGACCUAUCAAGUCUGAAGAUGUUGAUGCCCAGAGAAAGAAAACUGAUGAAGCAUCACCAGAUGAUGAACCUGAAGAAAGUAUUGGUGAUUCUAAAACUAACAAAGCCACGGAACACACGAAUAGCACAGGAGCAGGAGGAGAUAAUAAUGCAAGUGAAAUAAAGAAAUCCAGCAAAGCUGAUUUAGAAUCCACAACAGAAGCUGGUGACGAUGCUGAGGAGGAGGAAGAGGAGGUGGAGGAGGAGGAGGAAACAAAAAACUCAGCUGGUGAUUCUCCAAGAAAGUCUCCCCGGAAGAGGAAGCCUAGGAAGGAGUAAUGAGAAUGUUUCUAGUGACCGGUGUGCAUUGGAUGCUGUGAAUGUCGCAUGUCUGAAUGAAGCAUGAUAUGUGGAGCUGUACAUUUUAUUUCUCUGUAAUCUAAUUCUUGUAAUAAAGUUAAGAGCAUCAGUGCUUGGCAGGACAGACAGAACUGUGUUACCUUGGAUUAUCGAUGCUCAUGAACGUUAUUGUUUGAUGAAAUUCAAGUGAAGACUUGGUACUGACAUAUUUGUAUUUAGUUUGAGUCAGCAUGGGGAAUACUCGGUUAUGUAUCGUCUGAAAUUGUCUUUGAUUACUAUUCUAAUUUUUCAUAUUUGUUUAACAGAAUUCAGAAUAAUAACCUCAGCAAACAACUUCCAGCUGAAAAUGCACUUUAUAUUGGUCCCUUUUUUCUAGUUUAUAAGAAUUUACCAAAGAUGUCACUGAUUCAAGACUUUUGGGUGGAGGUUCAUGUGAUGGGUGUGUACUUCAAACAUUCAGUUUAAAUUCAUUUUCAUCAUGUUCAUUGGAACCUCAAACCAAACAAAUAUUGCUUUGAAACAAUAUCAUGAGCCAUUACAUCUGAUGUGGGUUCCUGCUAAAACCUCUUGGACUGGGCAGGAGACAAUCUUUUUCAAAUAAUUAAAAUACCUGCCAAUCAUUAGAUUAAUAUGGAGGGAUGACAAUCAAAUUUGGCUAUGUCAAUAACAAAGGUUUGCAGAAAAAACAGGUUUUAAAAUUUAAAAACUUUAAAAAAAACCCCAAAAAACCCCAACAAUUAUUUAAAUAUAAUGUUUCAUCAAUAGGCAGUUUGAAUGUGUAUAAUAUUAUAUCCACCUGGUCUGGGGGCAGGGGGGUCAAUAUAACGAAGAAUUUUGUUUUGUAGGUGUCCACUAAAUUUUGUUUUUGUCACCAAACAAAAGGUGACACAAAUGUUACUUUUAAAUAUAUAGAGGAUAAUGAACAAUUUGAUACUUAUUAUAAAGUUUUUAUCUUGAUUGAUUUACUUCUGUUUACAUGUCACAAUCUCAUGUGACAGAUGUCAUUAUUUUACAAGGAAGGUUUAUUAUUCUGCUCAUCAUUCUACCUAAAAUCAGUAAAAAAAAAAAAAAAAAAAACAAACCCAAAAAAAUAAAAAGAACCGACUUGUGCAUUCAUUUCACUUGCUAAAUUGUGGAUAUAUAUAUUUUUUAUUUUUUUUGGUCCAGAUUUUAUAAAAGUUAGGAUUUGCCUAAUUUGCUUACUGAAAGGGCAAUGAGCCAUAAAAUCAUUUUAAAAAUUUUGAAAACAAAAUUUAUGUUAAUUGCAAAAAAACAACAACAAAUUAAGUCAGGUGGGUGUUCAGUGUUUUUUGGGUGUCUUCUUCUUCUUCUUCUCUCUCUCUCUCUCUCUACCCUCCUCCCUCUCCCCCCCCCCCCCCACUCCAAUACUGAUCAGCACAAACGUUUAUAUAGAUCUAAUGUGGUAUUUCCUAGUAAGUUAUGGUGAGGGCAGUUUAAGAGAGAUUUUUGUUGUUCCCCUUUUAUCUUAUAUUAUUUUGCACACAUACUUCUUUUAUUCAGCCCUUACAUAAUUAACUUACUUUGACACAUAAUAGCCCAUGUAUUUAUUGUACAGGAGUGUCAUUAAAUAUUCAUUUGUUAAUCUGAAUCAUCCUGUAUUUUUAUUUUUAUUUAUGGGGGUUUUGGCAGUUAAUUGGAAUAUGGUGUUUUAAAAUCUAUUCUGCAAAUAUUUGCCAAAUUUGAAUUGUUUGUAAUAUAAUUUUGUGCGCGUGUGUGAGUUUGUUGAAGGGUAUUGUCGUGACACUCAGAUACUGGUGUCCUUAAAUAGUUCAUUCAAUGUGAUAUGACUACAGUUGUGAUUGCAUUUAGGAAUGAAUAUUAAUUUACUGGGUACAUGAAAUGUAUACAUCAGUGUUUCUGUUGUACAUGUUACAGUUGUUAUUUUGAAUUACGCCAUUACCUCCUGUGGCAGAGAUUUUACCACUUGAAGGGAUUAUUCUCACUUAAGCCAUUUAUUCACAUAUUCAUUGAACUCUAUUUACGUGCCCAUAUACCACAAAGGUUUCGGGCACAUCCAUCCCUGUUCCAGUCUCUGGCAUGGCUAGAAAUACUUGUUGGAAAAUGUUUUAAAAAACCAAAGCAGUAUAUAUUGAUAAAUUAUUCAGAAUUUCAGUUGUCUUGUUUAUUUCUAAAGUUAUUUAGCAGUUGGAAGAAAAUUUAUAUUGUUUUGUAGUACAUUAUUGUAUGCAAAAAUCCAUAUUUACUUACUUGGUAUGAACGAUAUGCUGUUGAGUAUACAGAUCUUCAUACUCUAAAUAUAUUGCAGAUUUAAUCAUUAAACGCUCUGUUCCUUGAACAAACAUUACAAAUGCUGCAGAGUCAGAAUAAUUCCUUUAAUAGAAAAAAGAAAAGAUUUCUUGAUUGUUGAAGACAUGUUUGUUAAACCAUCCAGGUGUGUGUACAGAAAUACAUCAAACCAACUGUCUUUCAAGUCAGUUUAUCAUUUUUCUUUUCUCAUUUCCUGUCCCCUUUGUGUAUCAUCCGACUACCAUUUGUUGUACUUUUUUUUUUUUUGCUACUUUUUUUUAGGUAUUUGUGUAUAAGUAUGUGGUGAAUAUUUUACCUAUAAUGUGUGAGUGAGUUUUAAUUUAAUUUUUUUUAUAUAUAUAUGCAUUGUUAACUAGGUGAGUCUGUUUUUGUAAUCGAUAUAUCAUGCAAGAAAUACAUGUUAUGCAAAAAAUAGUUCAUUAAGUGUUUUAUCAUUUUUUAAAUAUGUCUUUGUAGUACUGAAUUUUCACAUCCAUACAAAUCGAAAAUAUUGGUAUACAAGUUUUUAACUGCAAGUUUUUGUUCAUGUAAUUGAAUAUGUUGAGUAUUUGAUUGUUUUCCGUUUAAAAUACAAUAUCCCACCCUUUUCUUCUUUAUAUUAAGUUGAACCUCCAAGUCUGCAUGCUUUGAGGUUUUUUAGUUUAAAGUUUAAUAAUAAUAAUAAUAUCAGUUUUUUUAUUAAUAGCUUUUUAAAAUGGAAAGUAAUAGAUAUUGGUAGACUAACUUGGUCCAGUAACUGAAAUAGUCUCUACAAUUAUCAGACCAAAUCCAAAUGAAACUAAAGCUAUAGAUUUUGUUUCAUUUUGGUGAAAAAUAAAUUGUAAUAUGUGGCAUUCUUUGAAAUUUUAUGUGUUGUGUGUAAUAUAUAUAUACAGUGAACUCUAUACUAGAAAAAACAUAGCUGGAAUGUGUGAUUAGCAAAGACAUUUGUAGUAUCAUAGACCAAAAUCACUUGUGACACCUUUUUGGAUUAUACCAUUCACAAGUUAUACAGUGCAUUAAAUGUAAAGACCAAAAGAAAAAAGAAAACUCUAAUAUUUUAAUUUGUAUCCUCUUUUGUUUUUGGUCUCUUAUUAUUUUUUUAAGUUAUGAGUGGGAAUCAGGAAUUCAUUAAAAGUUUAGUGUUAUGAUAUCGAAUAGUUACUGUUUUAAUGUAAAAUACACCAAACCACCUUUAUACCAGUGACAACAGUACAAGAACUUGUUUUAAUGUAAAAUACACCAAACCACCUUUAUACCAGUGACAACAGUACAAGAACUUGUUUUAAUUCCACCGCAUGGAUGUUACUUGCAUCUAACAGUAUUACAUUUGCUGAGUAUCAGAUCUGAUGUAAUUUACAUUAUAUUGUUAUACCCAGAAGACAAAAGAUUAACAACAAUUUGAAUAUAGCAAAACAAACAUUUGUAUGUUUGACCAUUCAAAAAUGAAAUGUAUUGUUAUCUUAAUGUUUUUAGAACAUUAUUACAGAAUUUUCUUACACCAACAAAAAACUUUUAAUUUAAUUUAAUCAAAUAGUGUUUUUAAUCCAAAGACUUAUUAAUGUCAAAUUCGAAGGAAGAUAACUAUUCUUAGACUCUUAGUUAGUAUAUGUAAUACUAAGCUGUAAGUGUAGAUGAAAAGAUGUUUGUUAGGAUGGUUGUACAAUUAUCGUUUGUGUUUUUGUCACCAGUAAUAAUUAUUAUAUCUUGUGAAUUUUGUCCAGUAUUAUUUCAGUGAUGAAUGGCAUAAUAAAGGAUACAUUUUCAUAUUAUGCUGUGCGGUAAAACUCACUUAGAUUAUUUUUAUUGGUAGAAACAUGUAUUUAAGUUUAGAUAUACAGUUGAAUCCUGUUGGCUCGAACCAUGUCGGUGCUCGAGAAAGUGUUCGACCCAAUGGGUAGGUCAACCUAACCAUUCGGUAUACAUUGUAACUGUAACUCGGGACUUCGUUUCGUGUUUGAGUGUUGCGAUAUAUUCUACCUUUCCUACUCUGAUGCAACAAGAUUCUACUGUAUAUGCAUUUGUAUUUAUAGAGAGCUCUCUAACCCUAGUUCAUUGAGAUACGUGUUACUUAGCUCAUUUUUCACCAAGUUUGUAAUACCCAUUUGAGAUGGGCCUGUGCCUAACUAGACCUCAAGCUUUCCAAGUUUUUCAUGACUUCAAUAUUAAAUACAGAAGUAUGUCUGUCAGGGCUAUAAAUAACAGAUGGGGGUGAUAAGCCUGACAGUUAAGAUAUAGCAUGUAAGUGGUCAGUGCUAUUAGUAGGGCUCCCUCCCCACAUCUUCAAACAUCAAAAAUACUCGAUCAACAAAUGUCAAAAAUAGCUAUCAUGUCUUAUAUACACACACACGUCCCACUUGUUACUGAUAGGGCUCUGUAUUCGCUCAAAGUAGUUUAGGAUGUUGUGAACAGUUUAUUAUUUAAAAUAUGGUCUCUUGGCAACCUAUGAAAUGCUGUUUAAAUAAUAAACUGUUCAUGUAAUUACCAGGUGUUUAUCUUUGAAAUUGGGAAUCUAUUUGAGAAAAAUGCCUUUAUUUACAGAACACUGAUAUGUACAGUUGUAAGCACAAACAAAAAUUAUACAUUUUUGACUUAAAAUCUCAAAUAAUAUCUGGAGCCAAGUAAAUGCUUAUAUGCAUGAUAAAUUGAAGUGCACCAGAUUGUUAAUCAACUCAAUAGUUCACUAGGAUGGAUACAAGGAAGGAAAUGUUUUAUUUAACGAUGCACUCAACACAUUUUAUUUACGGUUAUAUGACAUUGGACUAGGAUACAAAAACCCAGUACUCUACCGUGUCCCAACUGGUCACGUCAAGAUGUUACCUGUAGCUUCUGUAGACAUUUGGACUAUUUAAAAAUAAUAAUAAUAUUUAAAAAAAUAAUAACAUAGAUGUUCCUCUGCCGAUCUAGAAGAGGGUCACACGGGUGCUGUGAUCUGCCAUCUCUCUGAAGUGCCCUUUUGAAACGACAACACUCCCACGCUCACCCAGAUCUUGCUGGGAGCUCGGCUUAUAUGCCUUUAGCAAACUCGAACUUUCCCUUUUUAAAAGUUCUGUCACCCCUCUACAAAAUGCUGGAUAUGCCCUUGGGUAUUGGUCUUAACAGAUGUAAACUUUCCCAAACCUGUGGUGGUCCUCUAUCUUAUAGUCUGCAAGUACAUGCUAAUUUCAUUUUGAACAUUCAUCAUUUGGGCAGCCUAUCUUUGUGUGUACACAGGUGUAAAGUUAGGUCUUUUCCUGUAAUUGCCAGUAGAAAAGUGAUGUGACAUCAUCUGCACCAUAAUAAAGUUGGAGCUUUAGCUUGGUGACAAGAAUUGGGUGUAUGAAGUUCCAAGACCGUAUUGGCUCCUUUGUUCUCCCCAUGUCAACAUGAUGCCACACAACUGGUAAGUGGUCAUUUUAUUUAGUACAAAAAGAUCUCUUGCUGCUAAUAAAAAAAAGGAGAGCUGGACUAAAGCAUAAAGUAUGUUUACACAUCAACAGGGUCAACCAUCCAAAACGAUGAAUAUGUAAUCAGAAUAGCUUUAGACAUGUUUUAUAGCUACGUGUAUUUUUUUUUUAUAUUUUAAACUCUUCUGCUUUAUUCAGACUUAAGAAAGUUAGAUACAAGUGUAUGUGGCCUGUAUGGUUAGAAAGUAUACAUGUUCCAUUUCUGGUUGACAAUUAUUUUGCAUUGUUACAGGUAAAGGCUGCCUCAGACGUAAUUGGGGGAUCAUGAAUGUUAAUUUCAUUUCCAAAUGUAAAACCGACAGGACAAUAAGUGCCAGGUGUGUGGUUAUAGUAUCAUGUCUGUGAGAAUGAUAAUGAGCGAGUGUGUGAUCACUUGGUUUGAUUGAAAUAUCUGUAAUACAGACAGUUUGGCUAGAAGUCAGGAGUUUGUAUACUGUACACACAUUUCUAGUUUAUCAUCAUACUAUGAACAUAAAAUGGUAUUUCUAGAUGAUCAUUAUGACAACUCAUUUCCAGCUGGUCCACUCAUCUCAUUUAUUAUUACAUUUCCAGCUGGUCAUUAUACUGUGAACACAUUUCUAGUUGAUCAUUACACUGGACAUAAUGUAUUUCUGGUGGACAUUUUGCUGUCAGCAUUUUUGUAGCUUGUCAUUAUACUGUGGACACAUUUCUAGUUGGUCAUGCAGUGUUCGCAAUAAGCACUUGUCCAUUUGUCCUGACAAGUGAAAAUCUGCUCGGACAAGCAAAAUGUACCUUAAUGGUUGUGCAGUGGACAAGUAAAAAUGUUAAUACAGUUUAAUUUUCAGCAAUCAAAAAUAUAUCCCUUGUUCUUUAAUAAAACAAAACAUUUAUUUGGACCAGUGAAAAUAUUGCUGAACAUGUAGAUUUCUCAGUGUACUUGUCCGUUGGACAAAUGAAAAAUUCUGCUUAUUUCUAUCAGUCAUACUGUGGACAUGUUUUUAGUUGAUCAUUUUAUCUUAUAUCAUUGUAUACAGAAAAAUCAACAAAAGAAAUCUGUGUACUCCAAAAAUGAAAUUCAGAUUAAUGCUUGUAAAUUUGUAUUAAUGAAUGUUAAUGAGUUUGAUGUUAUAAUUAUUAUAAUUGUGUGAUUUCAGCAGUUGAUGAAAAUAAAAUACUUUCAGCCUUU